AGAAAAACCCUAAAUUCGUAAAAGUCAAAAGCUAUUAUAUAAACCCACAGGCACCAAUUCAUCACCUGCCCCCCAUCUACUCCGCCCAUCGUCUGCUUUUGCCAAAAGACACCCAAAGACGCCACUUUGAAAACCGGAAAUGUCGGACGAGGAGCAUCAUUUCGAGUCCAAGGCCGACGCCGGCGCUUCCAAAACCUACCCUCAGCAGGCCGGCACCAUCCGCAAGAACGGUUACAUCGUCAUCAAAAAUCGCCCCUGCAAGGUUGUUGAAGUUUCCACCUCCAAGACCGGGAAGCAUGGUCAUGCAAAGUGUCACUUUGUUGGAAUCGAUAUCUUCACUGCCAAGAAGCUCGAAGAUAUUGUUCCUUCUUCCCACAAUUGUGAUGUUCCGCAUGUCAAUCGUACUGACUACCAGUUGAUUGACAUUUCUGAGGAUGGAUUUGUGAGUUUGCUGACUGAUAGUGGAGACACUAAGGAUGAUCUGAGGCUCCCAACUGAUGAGAACUUGUUGAAACAGAUCAAGGAUGGUUUUGCUGAGGGAAAAGACCUGGUUGUGUCUGUGAUGUCUGCAAUGGGGGAGGAGCAGAUCUGUGCUCUGAAGGACAUUGGUCCUAAGUAAUUUGAGAUUUUAUUUUCGGACUUUAAUUGCAAUUUUAGAUUAAAGCUUUUUAUUUUUUUCAAGAACUUUAAUAGCUUUGCGUCUUGGAAUUUGGGUGUUUUUUAUAUAUAUAUAUAUCUGGAUACGAGAAAAACACCAUUGCUGUUAUUUUAUUGUUGUGAUAUGAUUCUCUGUUUUUACUACAA